CCCCUCUCCUCCUCCUCCCUCCUCCUCCUCCGACCUCGGCCGCCCGCGCGCAGUCGGCUCCCCCGCGCCGAGUUUCCUGUUUAAGAUGGCGUCCCCCGUGGCAGCGCAGGCCCGGAAGCUUCUGCGAGACCUGGCGCUCCGGCCCCCGCUGCUGGCGGCCAGGUCCCAGGCAGUGCAGUUAACCCCCCGAAGAUGGCUGAACCUGCAGGAAUACCAGAGCAAGAAACUGAUGUCUGACAAUGGAGUGAAAGUUCAAAGAUUCUUUGUAGCAGACAGUGCGAACGAAGCUCUGGAGGCUGCUAAGAGACUAAAUGCAAAAGAAAUUGUUUUGAAAGCCCAGAUCUUAGCUGGAGGAAGAGGAAAAGGUGUCUUCAGUAGCGGUUUGAAAGGAGGCGUUCAUUUAACAAAAGACCCUCAAGUUGUAGGCCAGCUGGCUAAACAGAUGAUUGGGUAUAAUCUAGCAACAAAACAAACUCCAAAAGAAGGUGUGAAAGUUAACAAGGUGAUGGUUGCUGAAGCCUUGGACAUUUCCCGAGAAACCUACUUGGCCAUUCUGAUGGACCGGUCCUGCAAUGGCCCCGUGCUGGUGGGCAGCCCUCAGGGGGGCGUUGACAUCGAAGAGGUGGCUGCUUCGAAUCCAGAGCUUAUUUUUAAGGAAGAAAUCGACAUUAUUGAGGGGAUAAAGGACAGCCAAGCUCAGAGGAUGGCAGAAAACCUAGGCUUCCUUGGGCCUUUGAAAAACCAGGCUGCAGACCAAAUUAAGAAGCUGUAUAAUCUCUUCCUGAAAAUUGAUGCCACUCAGGUGGAAGUGAAUCCCUUUGGUGAAACCCCAGAAGGACAAGUUGUCUGCUUUGAUGCAAAAAUAAACUUUGAUGACAAUGCAGAAUUUCGACAAAAGGACAUAUUUGCUCUGGAUGACAAAUCAGAGAAUGAACCCAUUGAAAACGAAGCAGCCAAAUAUGAUCUAAAAUAUAUAGGAUUGGAUGGGAACAUUGCCUGCUUUGUGAAUGGUGCUGGCCUUGCCAUGGCUACUUGUGACAUCAUCUUCUUGAAUGGUGGGAAGCCAGCCAACUUUUUGGAUCUUGGUGGUGGAGUAAAGGAAGCUCAAGUGUAUCAAGCCUUCAAACUGCUCACAGCCGACCCUAAGGUAACCUGUCGUUGUAGGCAGAUGGCGUCAUGUUCUGAUUUUUCGCCAUCAAGAGCCACCUCUUUCCUACUGCUAAAGGAUAAUAAGCCACACAUUUAUUUUGUAGCCCUAGAUGCAAAUCCUGCCUUAGAUCUGAUUGUAAUACACAAUGAUUUGACUCGUUUCAGGUGAAAGGCUAAUAAGUAC